AUGCCUCGAUCUCAAUCUACAGGUCUGGAGACCAAGGCACUUGGUCUUCCCCAGAGUCCUUCACUGGCGGCUGCAGCUGGCGGAACCUCGACAGAACAUCCGGAAUCGGCGAUAGUACCACUGAAGAGCGAGCGAAUUGGCUCCAUCGCCGAAGUUGCAGCAUCCACCACCUUUCAAGGGGCCCAAAAAACGUCCUACCUAGAGCUCCAAGAUGGCCGCGUCUUUCAAGGGCUCAGCUUCGGAGCAGAGAAGAGCGUGUCUGGAGAGCUGGUGUUCCAAACCGGCAUGGUCGGAUAUCCAGAGUCCAUCACCGACCCCUCUUACCAGGGUCAGAUUCUAGUCGUCACUUUUCCACUAGUUGGCAAUUACGGCGUGCCAGGGCGCGAAGUCAAGGAUGACUUCCUACUUGAUCUUCCCAAACACUUCGAGUCGAGCAAAAUCCAUGUUGCUGGCCUCAUCGUGGCCUCCUAUGCUGGAGAGCAGUAUUCCCACCACUUGGCAACAUCAUCGCUUGGCGCAUGGCUCAAGGAGCAGGGAGUCCCGGCUAUUGAAGGAGUCGAUACCCGGGCUCUCACAAAGAUCAUUCGCGAGGAAGGAAGUAUGCUUGGCAAGAUCCUGCGAACCAAGGACUCCCAGCAGGCGAAUGGGACGAGCGUCACUAACGGUGACCACUCACACCCCCAAAACUGGCGAGAUCUGGUCGAAUCUGUGGAGUGGCACGAUCAGAAUAAGGAGAACCUCGUGGACCAAGUCUCACUCAAGACCCCUCGACUCAUAGCUCCUCCCAAAGGAACAGCUUUGAUGCAUCCGAGCGGCCGCCCGGUGCGCGUCCUAGUUGUUGAUAUCGGCUUGAAGUACAACCAGCUCCGAUGCCUGCUAUCUCGCGGAGUGGAAGUCAUGGUGGUGCCGUGGGACUAUGACUUCCCUGCUCACGCUGGCAAAGACUAUGAUGGUUUGUUUCUUUCCAAUGGUCCCGGAGAUCCUGCAACCUUGGCAAAGACAGUGUCCCAUAUCUCUGAGGCGAUGAAAGAAGGCCGCACUCCGAUCUUCGGCAUAUGUCUCGGUCAUCAGCUCCUCGCUCGUGCAGCAGGCGCGAGCACUCUGAAGAUGAAGUUCGGCAACCGCGGGCACAACAUUCCUUGCACAAAUUUGCUCUCUGGGAAAUGCUACAUCACGUCACAGAAUCAUGGGUUUGCUGUGGACUCGAUGACGUUGCCUGAAGGCUGGGAAGAGCUCUUCGUUAAUGCCAACGACGGGAGCAACGAAGGCAUCAGGCAUGUUUCUCGUCCCUAUUUCAGUGUACAAUUCCAUCCCGAGUCAACCCCAGGACCACGAGAUACCGAAUUCCUGUUCGAUGUCUUCAUCAAGGCAAUCAUGGACAGCAUCCAAGCCGUUGAUGCACUAUUGAAGCCUGUCACAUUUCCGGGCGGCACCAUAGAAGAGAAUGAUCUGGCGCACCCGAGAGUCAACGUCAAAAAGGUCCUCGUUCUUGGCAGCGGUGGCUUGAGUAUUGGUCAAGCUGGCGAAUUCGAUUAUUCCGGAAGCCAAGCUAUAAAAGCCCUGAAGCAAGAAGGUAUCUACACGGUCCUGAUCAACCCUAACAUCGCCACCAUCCAGACUUCAAAAGGUCUUGCAGACAAGGUCUAUUUCUUGCCCGUCAACCCCGACUUUGUGCGCAAAGUCAUCAAGCACGAGCGGCCAGAUGCCAUCUACUGUACCUUUGGCGGUCAAACGGCGCUACAGGUUGGCAUAGCUCUCAAGGAUGAGUUCGAGGAGCUUGGAGUCAAAGUGCUCGGUACGCCGAUCGACACCAUCAUCACCACUGAAGACCGUGAGCUCUUUGCCCGAAGCAUGGAGUCAAUUGGUGAGAAGUGCGCCAAGUCAGCGUCCGCCAACAACAUCGACGAGGCUAUGCGCGUCGUCGAAGAUAUUGGAUACCCGGUCAUCGUGCGAGCGGCUUAUGCACUGGGUGGUCUUGGGAGUGGUUUCGCCGAGGAUGCGGACCAGCUUCGCGACUUGUGUACGAAGGCUUUCGCAGCCAGCCCACAGGUCCUAAUCGAGCGCAGUAUGAAAGGCUGGAAAGAAAUCGAGUACGAAGUGGUCCGUGAUGCUCGCGACAACUGCAUCACUGUGUGCAACAUGGAGAACUUCGAUCCUCUCGGUAUCCACACAGGCGAUUCAAUCGUCGUUGCGCCUUCGCAGACACUGUCCGACGAGGACUACAACAUGCUUCGGACGACAGCCGUGAACGUCAUUCGGCAUCUAGGUGUCGUUGGAGAAUGCAACAUUCAGUACGCCCUCAACCCAUUCUCCAAGGAGUACUGCAUUAUCGAAGUCAACGCUCGUCUAUCCAGAUCCUCAGCUCUGGCAUCUAAGGCUACGGGGUACCCAUUGGCUUUCAUCGCCGCUAAGCUGGGCCUGGGCAUUCCUUUGAACGAGAUCUCCAAUUCGGUAACGAAGAAGACUUGUGCCUGCUUUGAGCCAUCGCUCGAUUAUGUGGUGGUCAAAAUUCCCAGAUGGGAUCUGAAGAAGUUCACCAGAGUCUCUACCCAACUUGGUUCUUCUAUGAAGAGCGUGGGCGAAGUUAUGGCCAUUGGCCGAACGUUUGAGGAGGCCAUCCAGAAAGCUAUACGCGGAGUCGACUUCUCAAACCUGGGCUUUUCGAACAUUGCCAACCCUCUGAUGUCGGUGGACGACGAGCUGCAGACACCAUCGGACCAGCGUAUGUUUGCGAUCGCCAAUGCCAUGCACGAAGGCUACAGUGUGGACAAGAUCUGGGAGAUGACCAAGAUCGACAAGUGGUUCUUGUCCCGUUUGAAGGGUUUGAGUGACUUUGCGAAAUUCCUCACGAAAUUCAAAGCUACAAAUGUCCCUGUCGAUCUACUUCGGGAUGCGAAGAAACUCGGAUUUUCCGAUCGUCAGCUCUCCAAUUAUCUUGACUCGACUGAACUCGCUGUGCGCAAGCUCAGAGUCAAGGCUGGCAUCAAGCCAGUUGUCAAGCAGAUUGAUACCGUUGCGGCCGAGUUCCCCGCCUACACCAAUUACCUCUACUUGACAUACAAUGGAUCUGAGAGCGAUGUGGUAUCCAAUGACAAAGGCAUCAUGGUUCUAGGAUCUGGUGUCUACAGAAUCGGUUCCUCUGUUGAGUUUGACUGGUGCUCUGUGAGGACUAUACGGACCCUGCGCGAGCAAGGCUACAAAACCGUCAUGGUUAACUAUAACCCCGAGACUGUCUCCACAGACUACGACGAGGCCGAUCGUUUGUAUUUCGAGAAUAUCAAUCUCGAAACUGUCCUCGACAUUUACGGCCAAGAACAGUCUAGCGGCGUUAUCAUCUCCAUGGGUGGCCAGACACCGAACAACAUCGCUCUACAGCUCUACCGUGCCAAUGUUACGAUCCUGGGCACUUCGCCUGAGAUGAUCGACACCGCUGAGAAUCGAUACAAGUUUUCUCGAAUGCUGGACCAAAUCGGCGUUGACCAGCCAUCAUGGAAGGAAUUGACGAGCAUUGCCGACGCUUUCGAUUUCUGCGAGAAGGUCAAGUAUCCGGUCCUUGUCCGUCCGUCCUACGUGCUGUCAGGCGCUGCUAUGAACACCGUCUACUCCCGCGAUGAUCUGGAGAACUACCUCAAGCAGGCCGUUGAUGUCUCUCGAGAUUACCCCGUGGUAAUUACCAAGUACAUUGAGAACGCAAAGGAGAUUGAAAUGGAUGCCGUCGCCAAGAACGGUACCAUGACUGGCCACUUCAUUUCCGAGCAUGUUGAGAAUGCUGGUGUCCAUUCAGGAGAUGCUACCCUCAUCUGCCCCCCACAGGAUUUAGAGCCUGAAACCAUCGCUCGUAUCGAAGAGGCCACGCGAAAGAUUGGCGAUGCUCUUAACGUCACUGGCCCAUACAACAUCCAGUUCAUCGCGAAGGAUAACGAGAUCAAAGUCAUUGAGUGCAACGUUCGCGCCUCCCGCUCUUUCCCCUUCGUUUCCAAGGUCAUGGGUGUGGAUCUGAUCGAAAUGGCAACCAAACUGAUUGUCGAUGAGCCGGUUGAGCCAUAUCCAGCAAUCAACUUGCCAGAGAAGUACGUUGGCGUCAAGGCUCCCCAGUUCUCGUUCUCUCGCCUCUCAGGAGCAGAUCCAGUCCAAGGUGUGGAGAUGGCAUCUACUGGAGAGGUCGCUUCUUUCGGAAGGGAUCGAUUUGAAGCCUACAUGAAGGCUACCAUAUCCACAGGCUUCAAGCUGCCCAAAAAGAACAUUCUGCUUUCCAUCGGAUCGUUCAAGGACAAGGUGGAGAUGCUACCGUCAUGUCAGAAGUUGCACAAAAUGGGAUACAAGCUGUUCGCUACGGCCGGCACCGCCGAUUUCCUGGAAGAACAUGGCGUUCCCGUCAAAUUCCUCGAAUCACUUGGCGAUAGCAGCAAGGAGCAAAAGUCUGAAUACUCAUUAACGCAUCACCUGGCCAACAACUCCAUUGACCUCUACAUCAAUUUGCCCUCCAGCAACAAGUUCCGUCGGCCUGCGAACUACAUGAGCAUGGGUUAUCGGACGAGACGAAUGGCUGUCGACUACCAGACGCCGUUGAUCACCAAUGUCAAGAUUGCAAAGAUCCUCAUCGAGGGCAUUGCCAGGAAGUACGACUUGAACAUAAGCAAUGUCGACUUCCAGACGAGUCACCGCAGCGUUGUCCUUCCAGGUCUGGUCAAUAUUGCCGCCUUUGUUCCUGGUGUUGCAGAGACAGGUUCGCACGACUUCUCGCUUGUCAGCAAAGCCUCAGUGGCUGCUGGCUUCAGUAUGAUUCGAGUAAUGGCAGUGGGCUUCGAGACUGCCAUAACGGAUGCCAAGACACUCAAGGCUGCGCAAGCCAACGCGGAGUUUGCUGCAUACACUGAUUACAACUUCUCGGUCGCUGCAACUGCGACUAAUUCGGACGAGAUAUCCGGUUUGCAGAGCGAAGUUGGGUCACUUUUCAUUCCUUUCAACCACUUGUCUGGUAACAUCAACAAAGUGGCAGCAGUGACAGCUCAUUUCUCUACCUGGCCGGCAAGCAAACCAAUCGUGACAGAUGCGAACACGACCGAUCUGGCGUCGAUACUUCUACUCGCUUCCCUGCACGACCGCAAAGUGCAUGUUUUGAAUGUCACCUCUAAAGACGAUAUCAAGCUGAUUGCUCUGUCCAAAGAGAAGGGCCUGAAGGUCACGUGCGAUGUGUCUGUGUACAGCUUGUUCCUCUCGCAGAGCGACUACGCGGAUUGCAUAGCGCUGCCAACCGCGGCUGACCAAGCAGCCCUCUGGAGACACCUGAAGACUAUCGAUGUCUUCUCUAUUGGCAGCCUCCCUUAUCAGAUUGCGGGCAAGCAGGCAGUCCCCACUGUGGGCAUUGCUGAUGCUGUGCCGCUCCUGCUGACUGCCGUGUCAGAGGGACGAAUGACACUGGACGAUCUUAUCGCCAAGUUGCACCACAACCCAAUCUCUAUCUUUGAGCUCAACGAGCAGAGUGGAACCUCUGUUGAAGUCGACAUCGAUAGACCUUAUGUGCUGCAGGCUGGUGAGGUCUGGUCACCUUUCGUGGGCCGCAUCAUGCGUGGCGCCGUUACGCGUGUGACCUUCCACGGCAAGACCGUAUGCUUGGACGGGGAAGUGUCCGCGGACUUGUCUCGAGGCACGGACAUGUCUACCUUCGUGAGCCCAAGUUCGCCCGAAAUUAAGGCUGUCUCCUCGCCAGUGAUCGGGGCGCAGGCAGCCAGCCCGUUCGAUCGCAAGCCGUCGCUGAUCGAUGGAAGCAUCGCGCGACGGAUGUCUCUUUCGCAGCGGCCACGUCCUUCAGUUCGCGCCCGAAUUGCCGAGGACCAUCUCGAGCCAGGCGCUGGCGCACAAUCAGCGCUUAUUGCCCAACCAGUGCAACAAAGCAUGAUUUCUCCCUCGCUGCAAUCGUUACUUUCAUCAUCCCCUCUGCGCAACCGCCACAUACUUUCGGUGAACCAGUUCAGCCGAUCUGACCUACAUCUUCUCUUCACUGUAGCGCAAGAAAUGCGCCUGGCAGUGCAGAGACAGGGUGUGUUGCCAAUCUUGCAAUCAAGAGUGCUCUGCACAAUGUUCUAUGAGCCGAGCACACGAACAUCGGCAUCAUUUGACGCGGCUAUGCAGCGUUUGGGCGGCCGAACUGUGGCUAUCAAUACCGACCACUCCUCCACGAAGAAGGGAGAGUCCCUACAAGAUACGCUCCGCACAUUGGGAUGCUACGGUGACGCGAUCGUGCUUCGUCAUCCCGACGGCAAUUCUGCUUCGAUUGCUGGCCAAUUCUCGCCUGUCCCAGUCAUCAAUGGCGGGAACGGAAGCGUGGAGCAUCCAACUCAGGCAUUCCUCGACCUGUUCACCAUCCGGGAAGAACUUGGUACUGUCAACGGCUUAACGAUCACUUUCACUGGUGAUUUGAAGUAUGGACGGACAGUCCACUCUCUUGUCAAGCUGCUGCAGUACUACAAUGUUCGCAUCAACCUUGUGGCUCCCAAGACGCUGUCUCUCCCUGACGAGGUUCGCGACUUGAUCGUCGAGUCCGGUCAUUUGGGUUUCGAAGCUGAGACGCUGACGCCCGAGCUCAUGGCCAAGUCGGAUGUGCUGUACUGCACAAGGGUUCAGAAAGAGCGCUUCCCCAAUGUUGAAGAAUUUGAUCGGCUCAAGGAUAGCCUUGUUGUCAACAACAGCAUCCUCCAACACGCGAAGUCCAGCAUGGUGGUCUUGCACCCGCUUCCACGCAACAACGAGAUCAGCGAGGAAGUAGACUACGAUCAGAGAGCGGCUUACUUCCGCCAAAUGAGAUAUGGUCUGUACAUCCGAAUGGCGUUACUGGCUCUGGUGCUUGCGCCCUGA